GAUUUUACUCGACAUGACGGUGUUCUUGCAUCGUUUUUUCGCGUCUCACUGAAGUGUAAGACCUGAAUAAUGUCAGUACAUGUCGACUGUCCUCGUUAGACACUGGUCGAGCUUGACGCCGUCAGUUGGGCGUCGCACGGUGGCGGGCGCCAUCUUGUGGCUGACGACAAAUACUUCAGUCUUGUGUCGGAGUCUUCGAGGUCCCUUCACACAGCUGGACAGAAAACUCAGUUUAGGUGAACCACUUGAGUCUCACAUGAUGAAGCUCUAAUCUCAUCACCUCAUCAUUCUGGCCCUCCUGCUGCUUCUGGAAAGAUUGAAUCAUGGGAAAAUUUCAGGUCCAUUGUCACCCUGUGACAUCACACCAGAGAGAACGCCCACCAAAGGGCAUGCAACAUGGCGCAGCUGAGGCUCCAGACUCCCUAACCCUACACCUCCACCUGUAGACCACAACCACAGCUGCAGCAGAACAGGUUGUCGUAUGCUCUUUGAUUCAAAAUGGAAGACUUUGAAUACAGUGUGGAGAUCUCUGACCGUGACUGGGAAUACUUCUUUAUGGAGUGCGAGGAGUGUAACCUGCUUCCUCCUUCGUUAGCAGGUGUGGAUGACUCGGGGAUGAGUGACAUUGACGAUACAGGGUCAAUUCUUGCUAAGAGGGCUCAGAAAGUCAACCCAACAGCAGACUUUUCAGAGUCUGAGCGGCUCAUCGACGGGCCUCCAGACUGUGAGGGCUCCCCUGUAGAGCAUUACCUCAGCAAACACGGCGUCGGUGGAAUGGAGAGUGUUCUCUCGGGCAGUGAGGAGGAUAUACACCUGCAGUCUGUCAAUAUAUUCUUUGAAAGGCUGAAAAAUGUUACAGAGGCUGAGAUGCUUACUGAGCCAAGCCAAGUGAGAGCUGGAAAAAACAGAGAGGUAAUACAAGAGGAGAAGUGCUGUAGUGAUGGGCAGCAAGCCAGUAGCACUGCUUUGCCAAAAAACAUCCCCAAGGUAAACGCUCUGCCUGCCAGGGGUGAAACAGCAGUUGGAAAGGAGACCACGGAGUCUGUCGACACUAUCAGCAACCUAAUGAAAACUAUAAAAAAAGAUGAGCCCGGUUCCAACAUGUCCCCAGAACCUGCAGCCAGUAACCCAGUGCUCAAGGCUAACAAAUCCGCUCACCCCGAAACCAAGUUAUUAAUCAUAGAGGAAACCUGCACAGAAGCCACGGUCAAUGACGCAACACAGCGUCAGAGUCAGUCUCAUGACUCACCGGAUGGGGUUGAAACAACACCUCACACUGAUGGAGUAAUAAAAGUGAAAAUGCACACACCUCAGGAUUGUGUUAAACGGGAGGAUAUGUUAAGGUCCACUCAAUUGAACCUCAGUAAGGAGUGCAGCCCCGAUUCAUGGAGUAAUCUGGAAAUGUUGACAAAUGUUAAAUGGAAGGAAGACCUGAAUGUUUCACAGUCAGACGCUACAUGCACAAACAAAACGGGGAGCCAAGAAUCUUCUCCAUCUGCCUCUGUCAAAAGGAAGAGGAGGAAGAAGAGACGACUCAGCGUUGAGCAGGCUGAGAGUGUGCGGGACUCUGAGGAGGAGCAGAAUGUUUGGAGAGGAGGAUCUGAGGAUGUUAAUGUAUUUCAUUUAAAUGAACCACGACAAAAUGUUAUGUCUUCUUUAAUUGCAUAUUCAGCCACCAGCAGUUUUCCAGUGAAUGUAUCUGCUAAGGAGAUGAAAGAAAAUGAUCUUUCUCACUAUAGCUGUCAAUUUGACAGCCAUUGCGAAUAUUCACCAGAGAGGGUUUUCCGACCGGGAAAACGUGAAGGCUCAACUGCAAGCAAUGCAAUUAACAAUAGAUCGUUAACCCAACUUAGUCGAACUGAUGACAGUUUAAUGCCAGCAUUUAACAGCAGUGGUAAUGUUGCAACACAUUUCAGGCUAUGCAGCAACUUGCAGGUUGAAAAAUCAACUGGUCUGAAUAAACAGCCUUCAAUUACUGAAAGUGCAACUGCUAAAACAGGCCGAGACAGAGAAACAGCAAACUAUGGACGAAAUGACACCAAUUAUAAAAUGAAUCACUCUGUCUUCUGUUGUGAAAACGAACAGUCAUGUACAGCAGAGGUCAAAUCGCUAACUCACAGUAUUUUACAAAGCACAAAGUCAAAUGACCCCAUUGUGGAAGUUGGCCAAAGUGACAAACUAUCCGCUGCUAAGUCAGUCCUGGCUGAAGAGGCUGGAAAUUCUGGCAGAGACACCCAUGCUAUGUAUCAAAGAGACACUGAGCCCCAACAACAGCUGGAAAUUGACUGUCACUACAAAGACAAGUAUAGCUCCACACUGGAAAACGCUCACUUUCGUCCAUCUGCAGAUGCUAGUACUCCUAAUACAAAAGCCAAGCAAUUUGAAACAUCAGCCACCAGCCAUCCAUUGCCUGUUAAAUACUGUCUGUCUAACAGCCCCUCCAAGUUAGAUAUAGAUGUUACUGGAGAGCAAACAGAACAUCCGCUGGUACUUCACACAGUAACCGCAUUGGAUGUUUUAUCAGAGAAAAACAAAACAGCUGAGAGAGCUCAACUAGAAGCUUAUCAGAAUGGCAAUCCAUUUCUAUCUGGUGAAAUUAAUCCAAUAGGCAAAAGUUGUAGUGAAACCAAAUCAUCAGUGUCUGAAGAUUUUCUAACAAGUCCCUCAGAUAUAACACCAAUAUCAUCCUGCUGCACUCUGGACACAGAGUCUCUCAUGUCACUCUCAAAUAACAAUAUCACAGAUAUGUCCGGAGGUUCUUAUUCAUCCAUCAGUCAAAAUGAUUGUGAACUUCAAAGAGAUAAAACAUCACUAAUACUGGCAAAACUCAAGGAAGGAGAUGACAUAUCUGGACUCAAAAGUCAGUCUGAAUCGGACAAUGCAACAGAUUCAAAAUGCUAUUUAGCACUUAAAGCAGAGGAUUCCAUCACAGUUUCUCAAGCGGAACCUGAAAAUGCACCAGAUUCAAAACAAUCAGUGUUCGCAAUGUCGUCUUUUUGGAAUGAGAUGGAGAAGCUGACAAUAAACGAUAUUCUGGGUUUACGAAUGAUCAGCAGAGCUACUCCACCGGGCUCCCUCCCACCUUUACAGGAAAGAGAGGAGACUGACACACUGACUAUGACAGAUUCAGGGUUUUUGGAUGAGCCCAAGCCUCCACACACCACAGAGGACAUGUCCUGCUAUCCUAAUUCCACAGAAUCAAGUUCAGUCUAUUCAAGAGGUGUUGCGUGGGAAAGUAAACCUGUCUCGAUGAGUCUGGGUGCUGAUAUAUACACUGAGAACAUGAUGUUAAAAUCACUUGGUAACAUUUCUCAACCAGUCCUACCUGGAACUACUCAAACAUGCCUCAGAAGGAUUUGUAAAAAUGUAAGCAUGCACAAUCUAGAGGCCCUAGAAACUCUCAGCUACACAUGUAAAAGCCAAACUUUACAAACCUCAGAUGAUGGAGAAUUAGAAAAAGUAGAAUAUAUCACUGAUGGGCAUGUGCCCAAGCAAGACAAUGACGCGGACUGUUUAGCUUCAUCUGUGAAAAACAGCUACAGAAUCUCUCUCACAGAUAUAUUUCAGUACCUCUUUGGUGGAAAUAAAUCAAACCCCGAACAAUCAGCCACAGAUAACGUAACCACCUGCUACACUGAGGGAAAUUCUGUUCCAGAAACUUAUGAUCAUUUCUUCUCAGAGUUUGAUACAGAAAGCCUCUUCUACCCUCUCAUCACAGCAGAUCAGGCCAAAGACGAGCUGGUUCCCGUCUUUUCGUACUCCCGCUCAGCUAGUAGAAAUCUGCAGUACCCUGAAGCUUAUGAUCACUUCUUUGCAUCUUCGUCUUCAGACGAUUCUUCUGUGGAGUCUGAUGAAGAAGAUAUCUGCGGUCCUGUGAGGGUGGUAAGCAGGUUCAGCCAUUCGUCAAGUGCAUCAAAGAUUUCUACAGACGUAUAUGACAAUUUCUUCACAGAUGGCGACCUGAGUCAGAAUUUCUUUUGGAGAAACGCAUUCUCCUUCAGGAAUAUUAGUUCUACUGGAUCUACAAGUCAGAGGCAGACUCCCCCAAACUCUCUUGUACCUGUGAGGCAAAGUGGCAGAAUCCUUCGGAAGACGGGUCAUGCUGUAAAUGUUCUGGGAAAUCAGGAUGUGGUAUUUCCUGAUCAUCUUCUCUACCACCUGGAAGAGAGGAUAUCCAUACAACUAGCACAGCAGCCUUUCAGAUACGAGGAUUUGCAGACAGCUGUUUCAAAUCCAAGGUUGGACGCCUCUUUCCUGCCUCUCAGACAAUCAGACAUGUGUCUGGUUUGUAUUGCAUUUGCUUCGUGGGUGUUGAAGACUGCAAACCCACAAGUUGGAGAUGCCUGGAAGGCUGUUCUGCUGGCGAAUGUGAGUGCUCUGUCAGCAAUCCGAUACCUCCGUAAAUACGUCAAGAUCGAGGCAGCAGCCAGUGAGAGGAAAUUAUAUCUCACCGCCCCGUCUGAGUCUUGACACCUCUGCCUCCCCAUACGUCACGCUUAGAAUGAGACAUUUUUCCAUGAAUGCCUGAUAAGAGUCACUGCAGGACCUCAGUAAUAAUUUCUUGAUGUGCUGCUACAUGUUUGUUUUACGUAUUUACACUGAAACUGAGGAUUUUGUUUAAUAGCUGUGUCUCUGCUCUUGCUAAAUACAUUUCACUGUCAUUUUAAUGUCUGGAAGCAUUCACAUGAAAUAUAAAACAACCAAAGGCAAGACAAGUGUAUUCCACAGAAAGAAGCCUUCAGACAUUUGUACAUAGGGUAUAAAUAUAUACUGAAAGAAGAUUAGAAGCAGGUUCAUGCCAAGCUGUACAGAGUUGAGAUGUAAGAUGGAAAUGUGAUAAAAGAAUUAACAUGAUGCACUGGAAGAGUUUGAGUCUGUUUGUUCACAUAACAUUCGUUUGGCAGAUGCUUUCAUCCAAAGUGCAAUAAUGUGUUCAAUAUUUCUAAUAACUAUAACUGAUCAUAUUUAACAAAAGAUAUGGUAAUUUCACAAAACACUGUUAGAAAUGUAUGAUUCAUUUUAGGGACUGUAUCCUUGCCAGUAUCAAUUUUAUUAAGUAUGAAGGGCAUUUUAUUUUCAUGGUGGAUGAAUAACAGAUUCGUAGACUGUACAGUGUUUUGUCAUGUAUGUUGCUCUGUAAACUGUUGAUGUUUCAGUAAAGGCAUCCCUGACAUGUGU